CAGGAAAGGCGAGGUGGUAUCCCACAAGCAAACCCCUCAUCUUGCCGUCGAGACGAGUUUAUUCCUUCAUCACCGCACACGUUUGCUCAUGCACGUGUUUCACGGCAAUUUGUAGAGGUUAUUUUUGAGACCUAAUUUUCAUGUCUGGCCCCUCCGGCUCCCGUCAACCCCCUCAGACGUUGGAAGAAACGCAUAUUGGCGGUGGCAAACGGAGGCGCGGCCCCAUGCCUGAAGACCCGUCCGGACAACUUCAUAUGCAAGAACCCGGUGCACAGCAUGUGCAGCAAAGUCAAGGAUUGUACAGGAACGCAACGUGCCCCGAGUACAACUGGCCCCGUUCAUCCCAUGAUGCGGGAGGAGGAGGAGGCGGGGGAGGGAAAGCGAGCGAUUUGACGGGCCGGACCGUUGACGGCUCGCACUUAGGUCGGCUGAAUAUGUCAGGGGAUCAUGUCUUGCCGCACUCGAUGGGAAGAGAAGGGAGGCCGAAUCGAAGCGGGGGAGGAGAGGAGUAUGGAUGGGGGUCUUCCACGCAGGAAAGCUUCCCGCCUCCUCACCCCCGCCACGCCGGGCAGGCGGUAGGUUCGACGGCCGAGACCCCAUCGCGCGGCGUCGGGGAGGGGGGAAGGGACGAGGUUGAAUUAUGGCGCGAACGACGUGGUGAUGGGGUCGAAGGCCCUCCCACGACACGGUCGGCUCCAUGCUCUACCCACCCUCCUCCUUCCCCGCCUCCUACCCCUCCGCCCUCCCCAGCUUUGCCUCGUCGGAGCGUUGCCCUCUGGGCGGGCUGGGCAGCACGCAUCCUCACGAACUUCCGCCCCACCAUUCCCAGCAACAACAGCAGCCCUCCCUGUCUCCCAACACGUGUGUAG